UUCCCCUUCACACAAGUUCUCUUCCUUAUCUCCAAAAUCUUCCCUUAUAUUUAUCUCCUCUGUUUCUUCUUCCUCCUCAACAUAUUCCAAAAUAUAUAUAUAUUUCUAUCUUCCUCUGUUUCUCUGUUCUUGCAUCCAAAAUCUCACAACCGAGGAAAGAAUCAUUAAAAAGUUUGAGAAUUUAAUGAUUGGAAACUGAUGACUCCGGUUCUCUGCGAAAUCCUGCUCUCUGGGCUCACGGUUAAAUCUGCUCUCCGCCGUAGAACCCAUCUUGUUCAAUCUUUCUCCGUCGUCUUCCUCUACUGGUUUUACAACGUUUCAUGAUUUGCCUCCCUUUUCGAAAUUAAAAUCUAGCUAAUAUCACAUCAAUUAUAUUUCAGACAAACCCACAAAAAUAUAAUACAAAAAUCUGUCUUUUUUUUUCGUUCUUGUAAUUUUCUUGGUUAAAAGUUGAAACCUUUUUUGCGUCCCGAAUCAAUGGCAUCGUCUAGCAGCACAUACCGGAGCUCGAGCUCUUCCGACGGUGGUAAUCCAUCGGAUUCCGUCGUCGCCGUCGACGAGCGAAAGCGUAAGAGAAUGCUAUCGAACCGUGAAUCUGCACGUAGAUCCAGGAUGCGUAAACAGAAACACGUCGACGAUCUAACGGCUCAGAUCAAUCAGCUUUCAAGCGACAACCGUCAGAUCUUGACGAGUCUCACCGUCACAUCUCAGCUUUACAUGAAGAUCCAAGCCGAGAAUUCCGUUUUGACCGCUCAGAUGUCAGAGCUAAGCACCAGACUCGAGUCGUUGAACGAGAUCGUCGAUCUCGUGACGACGAACAAUGGUGGUGCAGGAUUCAGUGGUGUCGAUCAGAUCGACGGCUGUGGAUUCGAUGAUCGUACGGUUGGGAUUAAUAGCGACGGAUAUUACGAUGAUAUGAUGGGUAGCGUUAAUCAUUGGGGUGGUUCGGUUUACACUAACCAACCCAUCAUGGCUAAUGAUAUCAACAUGUAUUAAGUUAAAUUUAAUUAUAAAAAACUAGUAUUAUUGCCCCCUUUUUAUUUUAUUUUUAAGUUAGGUUUUUUUUGGUGUUGUUGGGUUGGUGUGAAGAUGUAAUUAUAGUACAUGCAUCUUGAUUGGUUGGAAGGAUAAAUAAACUUAUAUAUAUUUUGGGGCAUAAUAUAUAUAGGCUGUCAUUUGUCAUGUAUUGGUGUGUGCUUUUUUGUUAAUUAAUAUAAAGUUCAAAUUCUA